AUGGAUUUGUCGUUGUUGCUCAAUGCAACAGAACUAGACGCGGAGAGACAUGGCAACGCACCACCAUGCUCUGCAACACGCAACAGCCCCGAACAUGACCCCAACCCCUGGCGGCAACAUCACGAGGGCCGAUGGCGCAGGCCGUUGUCGAAAUCGAGCGGCAGUGCCUCAUUGCCCAUGGUACAGUUUAAGGAGCUCGACCUGAAUCGACGCGGGAGUCUGCGUAGCGAAGAGGAUGAGCACUGCGCUGCCAGCUUAUAUCGCGGUCAGCAUCGAGUUUCGGACAGCUUGAGCAGCUUAACCUCGUACGAAUCAUCCCAGGCGGGUACGCAUUCGCGCAACUCGUCCGUGACGACGCUUGGUGACGAGCAUUGCGUGUCGACAUCCUCAGAGGCUUCGAUCGACUCGAAGCUCGCCACGGUCGAUGAAGAAGGAUUUACACAUCGAACAGCCUUGAUGGCAGCAUCGCCAUUGCCGAGAGGGGUUGAUGUGCGAUACACAGGUGGAUAUGGGCCACUCGAGGCUCCAAGAGGAGGGAUUACGCACCGAAGGCAAUACUCAGAGGCCAACACAGUCAAGAUGGCUAUGCAAAUGGGAGCACCAAGGUGGCAAAGACUCGAGAGCAACGAAAGUGUGGGUCUCCGGCGCCCUUCUGCUGGUCUUUUGGCUUCUUCACUUGCCUUCCCCUUUCCUCUUGUUUACUCCUUGUGCACCCGAACUCCUCCUGCCUUGCCCUCGCAACUCGAGUUUCUUUUCACCAAACCCUCUACAAAGAUCACAACACGUCAAUAUCGCUCCACACUCCUGGCUCCUCUCUGCCCUGCCCUGGUGCUUUGCAACACUCCUGUGAAGGCACAGCGUCUCAUUGCUAGGAGCUCUCGAGAAUGUGUGGCACUCAUGGGUAUCUUUGGGCGCAUCGCCUCUGAAUCACAAGUGUGA